GGUGCACAAGGCAUCUCCAAGGGAAAUAGCGUGAACCAAGAUCCUGGCUUUGGGUCUACAUGCCCCAUUUGUAAAGUUGUUCGUCAUAAGUGGGAAUGUCGAUGUCUCCAGCAAGGCGAAGAAUCCGGUGAAGAUGUCAAGUCUCAGAGCAAUAAGACCAGCCCCCUUCCCCAAGAUACCAGCCUCAGGCGUCUCCAAGACCCAGUUUCCUUGCCCUCCAAAGCCAAAGUCAUUCUCCCGGGGGUUGACUCCUCGCUGAAGUAA